CGGCAAUAAUUAUAUAUAUAUAUAAAUAAAUAGUAACUACUCAUAACUGUUUAACCUGGCAUAUUGACCCAUAUAGCAACGUGCACCUUGGAAACCAAGGAAACAAUGAAAUCAGGUCAAAAAUAGAAGUAGUGUUCUGUAAUAUUUCGAAAACCAGAAAAUGUUUUUGGAUACUCCACAAAAGUCACCACGAACCUUGCGAUAUGUGGAAAAAGCAUUCGAACAGGUUAAAUCGAAAAAAAAUGUACAAGAUGUAGUGAUCCUCAACGAUUCGGGACAUCCGGUGAUGAGUACGAUGGCCCGAAACGAUGCUGUGCAAUUUUCAGGACCUUUUCAGGCUAUUCGAGGAAGACUAGAACGUGGGAUGAGUAAUAUAGAUCCCACGGACGAACUGCUAAUGAUGAGAGUGCGCACAAGAACUAAUGAGGUGCUCCUAGUGCCGGACUCCAAGAUAACAAUAAUCGUAGUUCAGAACGCGCGCGAUUACUUUGAAAAAUGAUUAAUUAUAAAGGAUUUCUAAAGAUAAGUUCUUAUUUGUACGCUUACUUUAUUAUUGAGCUUAAUACAAGUAUAAGGCAUCCA